AAAGCGCGUCCACCGCGUUUUACGCAUUAAUGACUUAAUGGCCACUAAUGAGUGUGUGGGGGUGGUACGCAGGUACGUACCUCUACUGAGCGCUACACGCUAAGCAGGGAACACUACGUCAGUGAGAAUUCAAUCGCAUCCAUAGCUUUAAUUUCAAAGCUCAAAGCUUAAAGCUCAAAGCUCAUAAUUCACAGCUCUAACCAAAACUCACGUUAACAUCUCAAUAGGAUGUACUUCUAGUUGUUGCAACAUAUUCAUAACAUCAACAUGUUAUUAUCAAGGGUUCGAAUUGCUCCAACAUGCAGGACUCUUUUAUCACAUCGAGGCAUCUCGACACUAAGUAACAACCCCUACAUAAAAGUGUUCCCUAAUGUCACGGUGGACAAUGGACACCUCCUCACAUAUCUCGAUGCCAAUCCGCCGAGGCAUAGAUUAGCAAUCGGCUCUACAACAGCUCUACCACCAACGCCUCAGUCCUUUUCCGAAAACCACGAAUUCCUGUCCAUAUUAACGGAUGUUCUUCGAAACUAUGCUGCACAGGACCCAGAUCUCCUAGCUCAAGCUCGAGCUUUCGCCGGGCCUGGUGGAGCGACCCUCGGCUCAGGCGGUGCAUUCUUCCCUCAACAGCGAAAGCAGCAAAGAACGAAAGGGACGGCGGCCGGCCUAGGUGGAGGAGGUGGUGCUGGUGGAGGUGGCGGCGGCGGGGCAAGUGCUCAAGGAGGCGCUGGAGGUGCAGGUGUAGGAGGGCAUAUCCAUCUCAGCGACUUGAGGAACCCACCCGAUUAUGGCAGAAUAGCAUGGCCGGAGGAUAUUCUGGGUAGCAUCGAGGUUGAUGGUUAUGGGAACAUCAUAGGAGAGUUCCAACCCAGCGGGACCUAUCGCAUUGUUACCAACGAGGGAAUCCUAGGUCUCAGCGACUUUCUCAGGACAAAACUUGUUGAAAGGUUGAAGGAGGAGGAAAAGAAGGGAUGAUGCAACAAGCAUGGUAUGUACAAAAUGUUGCACCCUGGAUAAACUAACAAAUCCCAAUAAAGAGCUUAAUAUACCUUAAAAAACACUGCUUUCUUCACACACCCUAGCACACCCACGUAUAUAUUAGGUUACUCGAUAAAUGUUGUCGUACUACAUACUAUGCAAUAGGCUACUGUCAAGAUGAAAAACGAAACCUAACAGUUGAUCGUUUACAGCAUGUAUAGAAAUAGAACCAAGCCUACGUAUCUAAACAUACCUACCUAAGUACCUGAUGAUAAUUACGAAGUGGAAUGGUGUUACAUAUGUAUGUAUGUAGGUAAGUAGUACUUAGGUAGUUGUGAAGAGGUACGUAUGUGAGAGCUGGAGGACUACCUAGGUAGGUACAUAUGUAUCUUAGACUUCGACUAAAUGAAAAUCGUGGGUAACGCUGGGUAUUACCGG